GCAAAGACUGUAGAAAUAUGAAUUCUACAGACCUGAGUGCAGCCUCCUAUGUUCUCUGCUGCUGCUGUCACAGAAAAACCUGGUUGCACUCAACAGGAGGGCUACCCAUCCUGAAACAAAGCAUUUGGUUUGUAGAGCUAUGCUGAAAGUGUGAAGGAGCAUCAUGAACAGAUACGAUACUCUCAAGCCGCUUGGAGAUGGGACCUAUGGUUCUGUUCUCCUGGGAAGAAGCCUCGAGUCAGGACAACUGGUUGCUAUUAAAAAAAUGAAAAGGAAGUUUUAUUCUUGGGAAGAAUGCAUUAAUCUCAGAGAGGUCAAGUCCCUGAAGAAAUUAAACCAUGCCAAUGUAGUCAAACUGAAGGAAGUUAUCAGGGAAAACGAUAAUCUUUAUUUUGUGUUUGAAUAUAUGAAGGAAAAUCUCUACCAGUUGAAAGAUAGGACCAAGUUGUUUCCAGAAUCAGCUGUAAGAAACAUCAUGUAUCAGAUACUGCAAGGAAUGGCCUUUAUUCAUAAACAUGGAUUUUUUCACAGAGAUAUGAAACCAGAAAAUCUACUAUGCAUGGGACCAGAACCAGCUGACUUUGGACUUGCCCGUGAAAUUAGAUCUCGACCACCUUAUACUGAAUAUGUCUCAACAAGAUGGUGAGUUCUUUAUUGCAGCUUCAAAUAGGAGAUUUUUAUGGAAAA